UGCUCCGUGUGUACUCUCAACAUACGACCCUAGCCAUUAGUUCCCCUCUACUGACGCAAUGCAGCUCGAACCCAGACCCCGAGAGCCGCGAUCUAAUGCGUCUUAAUCCCUCCUCUAUCAAAACCGAGGCUCUGCUCUGCUUACUGCUCAACUUUGAGCAUGCAUUCCACGUCGCGACUUCGCGGCUGCUUUAGUGUCUGGUGAUCUGUCUCUUGGAGCUGCUGUUGCUGCGUUCAGUACAUUGUGCACUACACUCCGAUCGCGAUGUUCUUCCAUAAAACGUGCUGGUCGGUAGCAUUAGCCCUAACGGUGCUAUUUAUCGGAUGCAGCCUAGCACUGCCCGCCCGGGAUGAUGGUAAGGAUAGCAAGGAGCUCACGGAACUUGGUUCCCCGGGUGGAACGAUCCAUGAAGAGGUCGUCGUCGGUGCGUCACUGUACGUCCGAAAGAAGCCGGAACGUUCGCAAUCGCGCCAGCUGCAACAAUCUGGUCAAAUAAACCAAAACAGGCAGAUCGUAAAGAGAGAAAUUCGAGUACAGCAAGCUGAAGGUUACGACCAGAGCAAGCCGCACAACGAUAAGAGUUCCGUGGGAGCCACUGCGGCGCUGAAACGCUCGAAGGGAGCGAGUACUGGCAGCAGCAAAACGACACCCGCUACUCGUCAUGUCAAUCAUUUGUAGAUCGGAGCGUGGAAAUCGCGAUCGCGAGCGAGAACGAAAAACCCGCCUCCAAAACAUCGAGAUCAUGUGAGACGAGCCCUGUUGGUCUUGGGCCACAUAGCCGAAUGGAUCAAAGGCUUAACAGAGUGGCCGCCUAGGAGAAGAAGCAGCAGCAGCAGCAGUAAAACCUGUACCAUAAAUCGUCCGUCCAGCGUUGCCAAAAUUAGUGCCAAAACACAGCUGGGUGUGGUUUUGUGGGAAGAAAACGGUUGAACUCUAACGAGCGAAAGAGAUUGUGGGAAUUUCAAUAUCCUUAUGAUUGAACGUUGAACCCGUAAAGGCGAAUGGUGGCUGCCGUAUGAUUAGGAAAUUAUUUCGUGUCUAGUAUAUGGCGCGUAAUUGUGUUUUUAUAGAGUUUCUUUUGUUUUUUCGCU